GCCGCGUUCAUUGAAUAACCCGCCCGGACUGUUAUUGACGCAAGCGCACUGAGGCCCAACAAAGGGCCGAAAUAAGAACGGCUCGUAAGUGAAUCUGAUGUAUUUAUGUCAUAAAAAUGGUGAAAUCUGUGAAGUGGCGAGUAGAAAUUAGGAUAUUCGACGUGUCGAAUCAUGACCGAGGCAUCUGAAAAUGCCUAUUUGGUGCGGGUGCGAGCGCAGGUGAUGUGUCGCGACGAGGGCACGGGCGGCUGGGUGGCGCUCGGGGGCGGCGGGCUUGCUGAUGUUAUGGUGGGGAAGCGAGCCCGCGCCCAUAGGUCUUCAGCUGGGGGUGACAGCAAUGGCGACACGACUUCAUCAUCGGCUACCGCACCUACACACGAGUACUUCAUACACGGGAAGCGAAUCAGCGAUAAUAUGGUGGUUCUAGAAUGCACGAUAAAGAAAGAUUUCCAGUACAACAAGGUGAUGCCGACUUUCCACCACUGGGUGACGGACGAGAAGCGCUUCGGUCUGACCUUUCAGACGGCGGCUGAUGCCAGGGCGUUCGACAAGGGCGUCAGAACGGCUAUCGAAGAGUUGUUAGACGGUUUGGGCGGGGCGUGGCCAUCACUUCACGCGUACAAAAAACACAACCCAGCACCGAAAGACGACGACGAAGAACAUAAUAUAUUCGAGUGUCUGAACCUGCCGUCGGAGUCCCGCUCGAGCUCGGAGAACUCGACAGCGUCCCGUGCGAGGCGCCGUCCUCCCGACGACAUCACCCAGACACCCAUACUGUCCGCCAUCACGCUGCCCCGACAUCCGCUCUCAGACUCGUUGAAGCAGUACGAAGCGCAGUACGACGAUAAGCUUCACGUGGAAGACUCGGAUCCUGAUCGCUGUCCCUACGUACAUCUGUCUGCAGUGCACGAGUACACAUACCCGGCGGUGGGCGCGGGCGUCAUCAGCUCGGAGAAGUCGUCCCCCAACACCAAGCCGCCGCUGCUCAAGCGGGACUCCGGGUCUAUAAAGAAAGGCGGAUACAGCAGUGCUCCGCCGCCGCUGCCCGACAAGAAGCCCACCGAGACGUUUCAGGCUAGGAUCAAGUGCAGACACUGUCACGAGUGGUACCUGGAGAGCGCGAACCGCGCGGGCGCGUGCGAGUUCGCGCCCGACUGCUUCCGCUCCUGCAUCGACUGCGUCUCCUGCAUCAAGUGUGCUCAGUGUAUGCUGUACCACUGCAUGUCGGACGCGGAGGGGGACUUCGCCAUGCAUCCCUGUGCUUGUGCACCGCCUGAUGAUGCCUGCACUAAACGUUGGGUAGGCGUAUCACUACUAUCUCUGCUGGUGCCGUGCCUGUGCUGCUACGCGCCGCUGCGCUGCGUGCACCGCGCCGCCCGCGCCGCGCGCCUCGCCGGCGGCGAGCACGCGCCCGCGCCCGCCUAGCGCCUGCCCGCCACACGCCAGCCACGACGAACACACUGCUGAGGACAUCGUCAGCAAGAUAAUUGUAACUAGUUGUGAUGCUCUUAACAUCUAGAAGAGUAAAAUGUACACAUCUGCGUUAUGCUGAUGGUAUUAACAAGUGAUGCUUCUUACAUUGUGAUGCUCUUAACAUCUUGAGAAGUGCGAUGCUCUAAAAAGACACAUUUGCAUUAUGCUGGUGAACUUACCAAGUAAUAAUUGUGAUGGUUUUAACAUCUUAAGGAGUGAUGCUCUAUCUUCGUAAUAUGAUGCUCGAAAAGUAAGACAUUUUGUAAAUGUGACCUUGUACAACAUACUUUCAAUUACAUAUUGAAAUCGCAUCUUGAGCUAUGAAGUGAUACUGACUUUCAACAUCUUGAUAACAUUAUGAUGCAUGAAAAGGAUAAAUUGUGUAAAUGUUAACACAAAAAUUGUCAACACCUUGAAAAAAGAAAUUAUAUAAAUAUGAAUAUCUACAAAUAUUGUCAGCUGUAACGUUAUGAAUGAAUACUUGUCAAGUCAAAUAAAGAUUGGUAUAGAAAUGAUAAAAAUGUUGAUGAACAAACAAUAUGCGGUAAGAUAAAAAUAAAUGUUGAAAAGAAAAUCAUAAAUGUUAUCUUGAACAAAACUUAUCACAAUUAUGGAUGGAGAUGGAACUCACAACUUCUCGAUCUGCAAACACCUUGAGCAUUGGGUUACCAAAGCAGCAUCUUGUAACAACAUCAAAAAGAGCAUCACACAAUAAAAAUGCAUUACAAUGGAUUGCAUAAAAACGCAGGUGUAUUAACAACUACAAAGUGGUUGGGCGUUCGGCACGCAGUGUACUGCAGAAUAUAAUAUGAACACCUUGAAUUGGACACGAUUUCACCAAUGAUAGAUGGGAAUAUGAAGAUUGAAACGAUCGGAGAAAGAGUGAAAUUUCACUUCUAAGAAAGAAAGAAAGA